AUGGUAACAACACAUCCCUUCCCGCGGCUCCUGGCCGCCUCCAUCGACGGCCGCUGUCACAACACACGUUACAGGCAAUCGCAAUUCCAGCGCCUACAAUCAGCUCUCGUGCAGCAUGUAGAGGAGCUCAAGAAAUCUAUUCAGUCGGACUCUGGACAUACCGCCGAGGAAGUGUCUGCGGAGAUAUGUCUUGCGCUGCAGGAACUCCGCACUCAUUACCUUUCUCUCGAUCUAUAUCGGGACUUGGAGGUUGAGUAUCGCAUUGCGAAUGGGAAAGACAAUUUGGAAGGGAAGCAUGGCGUAGGAAUUGUCUACAUUGUGCCGAGCACGCAUACGUUGUUCUUCUCGGUUAUUUCGGCGCUGAGCGCUGCUGUGGCCGCGGGCAAUUGUGUUAUUGUGGAGUUGACACAAACCACCAUGACUCUACCGACGCUCCUACGCAAUAUCCUGAGCACUGCUCUGGAUGCAGAUACAUUUGCCAUCAGCGAAGAGCGACCAGACGCCUCUUUCCUGAAUCUCUCGCAGGUGUUGCCUAUCCUACAAACUGAACUCUCGAAUACAUCGCAGUGUUUGUACUCCAACCCAACAGCAAAGACCAUCGCUGUGGUCGAUCGCACGGCGAAUAUCUCCUACGCUGCGGAGCAGCUCGUCGCCGCGCGGUUCGCUUUCGGUGGCCGCUCGCCGUACUCACCGGACCUGGUGCUAGUGAAUGAGUUCGCAAUGAAAGACUUCGUCGAGGCAGUAAUCCAGCAGUCGGGACGGUAUUUGGCGCCGGAGAAGGCAGCCAAGAAUCCUAGAAUGACAGGGCCGAGCGGAACGUCGGUCUUGGACCAGGCAUUUAAGGAUAAGGGGACUCGAGUAGUUGUUUCGGGGAGUGGAUGGGGUGUUGUGGAGGUUCAAGAUCGGAAAAGUGCUCUCUUGCAGAAGGUGAACGAAAAAGUGCUACUUGUCCAUUCUGUGACGAGUUUGGACGACGCAAUUGAUUUCGGGAACUCCAUGGCCCCGUUGGCAGCAACAUACGCUUUCGCUGCCCCAUCCUCGGCAAAAUAUCUUACCCAGUUCAUUGACGCCCACAUUUCCUGGAUUAACCAUGUCCCUACAGAUAUGCUGAUUGGCCCACAAAUACCCACCAACACACCCUUCGCCUCUCAAAAGCGAUACUCGACAAGCCUACUACAGACACCGCGUCCACAAAUACUACACGAGACAAAUAAUACGUCUCUUGUGCGUGCCGCGUUGAGUAGCUCCAAUUUGCAAAGCGCGACGGUUUGGAAUGCGGCGUUGGCGCCAUUGCCUGGGACCGGGCAGAAGCCGGGCCGGAAAAUAGGGUUCUUCGAACAGGGCAUUAUCACCGGUGGUGUGAUCACGUUGUUUUCGGUUGUGGUGAGCUUGUCGACAUUGGGAUAUUAUGCGUUUGGGGUUGUUAGAAGAAUUCGUUGA